AUGUCUGCCGUUCACGGGCUUGGCUCUGUCAUCUAUGGUAGAGUCUUUGUCACUCUCCCCAUUCCCAAUACACCAAACGACCUCUCCAACCAAGUAAUGGUUGUCACCGGCUCAAAUAGCGGCCUCGGAUUCGAGUCCACCCGUCACCUCUCCCGCCUCGGCGUGGGAAAGAUCAUCAUGGCUGUUCGAACACUUUCCAAGGGAGAAGCAGCCAAGAAAGAAAUUCUCAAAUCAACUGGAAAACUUGAUUCAAGCAUCGAGGUGUGGCCCAUUGACAUGGAUAACCAGGCGUCUGUCCAAGCCUUUGCAGAACGAGCAGCUCUGUUGCCCCGCCUUGACGGAGUCUUGGCCAACGCAGGCAUCAUGACAAACCAAUUCGUACUCAGUGAGGGAAGCGAAAAGACACUCAACGUCAACGUGAUCAACAUCUUCCUCCUGUUUUUCGCACUCCUCCCAACCAUGCGCAGGUCAGAACAACAAACAGGCAACCCGUGUCGCUUCGUCAUUCCCAACAGCGCCCUGCAUUACAUGGCGCCUCUUGCUGAGCUCAACGAUAGGAACCUCCUGGAUCGGCUGAAUGACGUAAAACAAGCCGACAUGGGUGGGAGAUAUCCACUUUCAAAACUGCUCGUGCUCUAUGCCGUGCGUGAAAUUGCCAAGAGGGCCAAGGGCAAAUUCAUCAUCAAUACUCCCAACCCUAGUUGGUGCAAGUCUGACUUGGCCAGAGAGCAAGAUUCGGCGGGGGUCCGGAUCGCUGAAAAGAUCAUGGCUCGCUCCACAGAAGAGGGGAGCCGCACUUUGGUACACGGAAUCCUCACGGACGAAAGCAGCCACGGCCAGUAUCUAACCAACUGCAAGGUCCAGGUGCCAGCGAAACAUGUCACAAACCAGUGGGGUCAAGGAGUUCAGAAGAGGUUUUUUGAUGAGCUCCUCAGCAAGCUCGACACAAUCUCCCCUGGUAUAUCGUCCAGUCUUUAG